AUGCAGCGAAAACUAGACAGACUGAGUGUCUGCCUCAUUCCAGAACAGCCUCUAGACAUCACCGACACGUCCCUACACUGGCUGUUUGGUAAAGAUGGUGGAUACGUCACCCGGCUCAAUGACGACUACGCUCAAGACACACUGAACGACAGCAUCCCAUCUGCAAAAUCAGAAGCAAGAAUCACAAGAGAGAUCGGAGACUGGAUGCAGUCACAAGAAUGUGAUGAGUUCUGGGCGCCUCGGGCGCGGCAGCCUCAUCGCACACUUCCGACUGCAAACCAACUACUCGAACAACUUCAUGACGACAAAAUCAUGACAGACGUCUCUCCAAGUAACAUUGUCGCCUGCGAGACGAUCCUCCAACUCAUCGCUUUGCAGUUGCUAGCAGCCUGCUAUACCCUCUCACCCCCUUCGAGCGCAAAUCAUAUUCCAUUGUUCCAGCAGCGCAAGGAGAGAAGAUUCGUGACAGCCCUGCGCUCACAUUCUCAUCACCGGUAUUCUCCAGCCGCCGGUCACCAAGCCCGCCCACCUUCCGAGACUGAGUCUUGGCCUGGGCUUUAUACGGGGCCUUCGACCGAAGAGAAGCUGGCACAACACGUUAGUCAGAGGCGCAAGCUGCGCAAGCAGAGUGGCGAUUAUAUACCACACUUCGCCGCGAGCGGAUGGACAGACGGGCCGCCAGCGGUAACCACACGUGAAGACUCACGGAGCACCUUAUCACGAGAAAGCUCCAGCUCCUCAUCCGAACCUGGGUUUUUCUCCAAACUGAUAUGCCAGGCAGCAGUACCAAAGAACUAUCGGCGGAAACAUGACACCAUAUUCUUUAGUCGCACGACUUCGAAACAAAAGAAGCAGAAACGAACACAAUUUGAGGACAAGCCGGACAAUCGCGCGGAAGGCCAAAGAGUUAGUUCCCAGCCCGUUCAACGUAUUCCCUCGUUACAUCGUCUCCGGCAUACCCAGUCUGCUCUGUGCAUCGCAGUAGAAGCAUACAUAGAAGAAGAAGAGGAGGUACCCGUCGAAAGCCCACAUGACGGGAAACGCCACCCCUCGGACCCGUCGAUUGGCAGUGUUCUUACCUACACCUUCCAAAUCCCUGAGGUAAGACGCACCUCUGUCACAUCGAGUUCCAACUGGGGCCCCGCUUCCUCCGAGGAGGGCAUGAUGCGUGCCUGCGGACGAGGAGAUCUCAUCGUCACACGGGACUAUUUCGACGAUAUGCCGGAGACGCCAGACAAUGUACGUCACCAACAGCCGACGUGGAAGAUACCUCACUGGCGCCACAAGUAUACUGGCUCCACAUCACAAUCCGCUUCUAUCUCAUAUACGCAGCCCAUUGCGCCGCCUGAGACCACACCAGCUGUAGAUUACUUCGCCCAAGUCUAUACCGAGAAGCACGUUACUCAUCAAACCGACGAUCCCGAGAUCGCAGCAGAAGAACAUAGCGAUGCUGGUCCCGAAAUCGAAGAUGACCCAAGGCUACGGAAGAUGUUAGGGAACAUCGUGAUUCCGUCUAGCGACGACGAAUCCAGUGACAGUGAUAUGGAACGGACCAAGAAAAGAAAGGGCAUCAAAGAAUCAGAUACUACAGCUUUUGAAGUUGCAGAACGGUUUCGAGACAAGACGGGAGAUGGGUGGGAGCACACAAGAGUCAAAGUGCUUUGGUGA